AUGUCCUCCCCCGAAACGCUAGCCACUUCCCGUCCAGCGCGAUGGAAGUGGCUUGAUAACAUUCGCACACGGCCUGGGCCAUACACAGACCCCGAUGUCUUCGAUCCAGACGCAGCAGUCAAGACAAUGGACACGAUGAAAGUCCUCGUAAUCGGGGCGGGAGGUCUAGGCUGCGAGAUCCUCAAGAACCUCGCCCUCUCCGGGUUCAAGGAUAUCCACGUGAUCGACAUGGACACAAUCGAUAUCUCGAACCUCAACAGACAGUUUCUCUUCCGCCAGGAUGACGUGGGCAAAUCGAAGGCGGAGGUAGCAGCACGGUUUGUGGAGAGGCGGGUGCGCGGAGUGAAGAUCACUCCGCAUAACGCGAAGAUUCAGGAUUUUGACGAGUCGUUUUAUAUGCAAUUCCAGUUAGUCAUCUGUGGGUUGGACAGUAUCGAGGCAAGGAGGUGGAUCAAUGCUGCGCUGGUAGAUAUGGUAGAUGAGAACGUCGAGGACAGUAUCAAGCCCCUGAUCGACGGCGGCACGGAGGGCUUCAAGGGCCAGGCACGCGUGAUCCUGCCCACCGUCACAUCCUGCAUCGAGUGCCAGUUGGACAUGCACGCCCCUCGCGCAGCCGUUCCCCUCUGCACACUCGCCAGCAUCCCCCGCCAGCCAGAGCACUGUAUCGAAUGGGCGCACGUCAUCGCCUGGGACCAAGAGAAGCCCUUCCCUCAACUGGACAAGGAUGACCCAGUGCACAUCAACUGGCUGUACCAAAAAGCUCUGGAACGCGCAAAAGAAUUCAACAUUCAGGGAGUGACCUACUCCCUGACGCAAGGCGUCGUCAAGAACAUCAUCCCCGCCAUCGCCGCGACCAACAGCGUGAUCGCGGCGGCGUGUUGCAACGAAGCCCUGAAAAUCGCCACCAACUGCAACCCCUUUCUCGGCUACCCCGACAACAACUACAUGAUGUACUCGGGCAACGACGGCAUCUACACAUAUACCUUCAAGCACGAGCGCAAAGAGGACUGUCCCGUCUGUGGCAGCGAAGCGCGCGAGCUGGCGUUGCCAGUCUCGAAGCCGGCGGAUUGGACGCUGCGCGAGCUGGUCGAGUCGCUUGCGGGACGGCCGGAGGCGCAGCUCAAGAAGCCGAGCGUGCGCGCGGCGGGCAAGACGCUGUACAUGCAGAGUCCCCCGAGUCUGGAGCAGCAGACGCGGCCGAAUCUGGACAAGACGCUGGAGGAGUUGGGGCUGUCGGAGGGGCAGGAGAUUGCGGUGACGGAUCCGGCGUUUGGGGCGGUUACGUUUCGGUUUAGGUUGAAGUUUAAGAAGCAGUGA